AUGACUGUCCCAAAGCUACCACUGUCAUUCCCCCUGGACCAAGCCGUAGACACAAUUCGGCUCUCCGACAAAGGGUCUUAUUACAUUCUCGAAUUGAACGCUCCACCUGACAAUCGACUAACCCCCUCUUUCAUCACGGCCUUCAUCGAAGCGUUAGACACUCUCAAGUUCUACUACGACCCAAAACCGCUGGUGACAACCUCCACCUCCCCCAAAUUCUACUCCAACGGCCUGGACUAUGAAUUGGCCCAGAAAACCCCCAAUUUCAUGAGUCUCUACUUCUACCCUCUUUUGAAAGCUUUCGUGGACUUCCCCUGGCCCACAAUUGCCAACAUCAAUGGCCAUUGUUUUGCAGGUGCCUUUUGUCUGGCAGCAUUCCAUGACUACAGAGUAAUGAACCCGGCCAAGGGGUGGCUGUGCAUGAAUGAACUCGAGUUCGACGCGCCUCUAAUGGGCCCUCUCAUGUCCAUAUACGUUACCAAGUUUGGAGCUGCUAUAGCCCAGAGAAUCUCGCUCAACGCAGAGAGAUUCACAGCAAAGACAGCUCUCGAAGCCGGACUCAUUCACGCCCACGGAUCAUGGCCAGAGGUCGAAGAAAUCGUGAAACGAAUCGGGGAAUACUCAAACCGGACAUUCUAUAGCCAAAUGAGAGCUGGUAUUCUCAGAAACGUGCUGACAACCAUGGAUUACGACAACGAGACUCGUAUCCUCCACGAAAGAAGAGACAGACUGUGGAAAUACGAGGACGAAAACAAACCAAGAAUUGGAGCACUACUGAGCAAACUAUAG